AUGAGUUCCAGCAUCGAAGCGUUUAUCCUGAUAUUGCUUCUCUUACUUCUUCUCCCCUCUAGAAUUUGCCAGCUUCCCCUUGACGCCCUUACGUCAGACCGUCCCAUCAGAGAUGGCGAAGUUUUAGUCUCUAGCACGCAAAUCUUUGCACUAGGGUUCUUCAGCCCCGGAAAUUCUCAGCACCGCUACGUUGGAGUCUGGUAUAACAAAGUUCCAGAGAAAACCAUUGUCUGGGUUGCGAACAGAGAUAACCCAGUGAAUGAUUCCUAUGGAGUGCUAUCGAUCAAUGGUGAUGGAGGCCUUGUCAUACAUGGAAAGGACCGAAGUACCACUCUUUGGUCCGCAAAUGUUACUCUAUCUUCACCAAACAAUUUCACAGCCAAGCUUUUGGAUACAGGAAAUCUUGUUUUACUUGAGAAUAGCCAAAGAGUUCUGUGGGAAGGCUUUGAUUACCCCUCAGAUACACUGCUUUCCUCUAUGAAGAUUGGGCUGAACUGGCGGUCCGGUUUGGAGUGGCACCUAACAUCUUGGAAGUCAAAAGAUGAUCCGGGAACCGGGAGUUGUACAUAUGGGAUAGACCCGAUGGGGUUUCCGCAGUUGUUUUUGUACAAGGGUAGAGGGGCAUCGUGGCGGGGCGGCCCUUGGAUCGGGGACAGAUGGAGCGGUCUACCAGUAAUAACCGCUACCGUUGGAGCCUACAAUGUGAGUUUUGUCAAUAAUGAAGACGAGCUAUCCUUCGUGUAUGCUAUUGCCAGGGACUCAGUGAUCACAAGGGGGGUGAUAGAUGAAUCAGGAAUAUAUCAACUGCUCGUGUGGAAUGAUCAGGAAAAUCAAUGGACCAAAUUCGUCUCCUACCCGAGUGAGUGGUGUGAGCAAUAUGGACAGUGUGGUCCAAAUACUAACUGUGACUCAGACAAGGACUAUAUGUUGGCUUGCACGUGCCUACCUGGGUUCGAAUCCAAAUCACCUCCUUUGAGAGUUGGCGGGGGUGGGUGCAUUAGGAAAGCUGGAGCGUCCACGUGUCAAAAUGGAGAAGGGUUCAUGAAGGUGGCGCAUGUAAAAAUACCGGACUCGUCUACGGCACGUGUGAACAUGAGUAUGAGUUUGAAAGGGUGCAAACAAAAGUGCUUGAUGGAUUGUUCUUGCACAGCUUACACGAAUGAGGAUGAGCAGGGAGGUGGGAUCGGGUGUGUGACAUGGCACGGGGACUUGAUGGACACGAGGACUUUCUCCAAUGGUGGUCAAAAUUUAUAUGUUCGAGUUGACACAACUUCUUUAGCUCAAUAUGCAAAGUCAGGUGGUUCUCUUAGCAAGAAGACAAGGCUGGCAAUUUCACUAGGAUCUGUUACAGUUUUUCUUCUCUUACUUACCCUUUAUUGGUUGGUAAGGAUGAAGAUGAAAGGUAAGCAUAGGCAAAAUAAAUAUCCACUUAAACUUACUGCCGGGUCAACCUACUUCGAAGAAGCUACUGGUAGAUUAGCUCUUCAUGAUAGUAGAAUAAACUCGGAGUUAUUAUUCUUUCAUCUAAAAACCAUAGCAACCGCCACAAAGAAUUUCUCCAUUGAAAACAAGCUUGGAGAAGGAGGUUUUGGCUGCGUUUAUAAGGGCAUACUUUAUGAUGGAAAGGAAAUAGCCGUUCAAAGACUAUCCAAGUUUUCUAGCCAAGGAGUUGAAGAGUUUAAGAAUGAAGUUCUUCUAAUUGCAAAACUCCAACAUAGAAACCUUGUCAAGAUUUUAGGUUGUUGUCUUGAAGAUGAAGAGAAGAUUCUAAUCUAUGAAUACUUGCCAAACAAAAGUUUGGACACUUUCAUCUUUAAUGAAACAAGAAGAGUACUUUUAAGUUGGACAAGACGCCUCGUGAUAAUCUUUGGGAUUGCUAGAGGGUUAUUAUAUCUUCAUGAAGAUUCGAGACUGAGAAUUAUCCAUAGAGAUCUAAAGGCCAGCAAUGUUCUAUUGGAUAAUUCUUUGAACCCAAAGAUUGCAGAUUUUGGUAUGGCUAGAAUGUUUAGAGGGGAGCAAACUGAAGCAAAUACCAAUCGUGUGGUUGGAACAUAUUUUGGUGUCUUAUUACUAGAAAUCGUUACUGGCAAAAAGAAUGCUGGUUCCCAUGAGGGGUAUCCUUAUUCAAAUUUGAUCGGACAUAUUUGGGAGUUGUGGAAAGAAGGCAGAGUCGUGGAAAUCAUCGAUUCAUCUAUAGGUAAUGAUUCAGCUCUUCCUUCACCAACACAACCCGCAUUUUUACUAAAGAGAAUGAGUCCUAGUGGAAACUCAUCCAGCAACAAAGGAGCUAAUUCAGUAAAUGAUGUCACAUGUACAAUUGUAGUUCAUGGGUUCCAUUCUUGUCUUCCCCUUGACGCCCUUACGUCAGACCGUCCCAUCAGAGAUGGCGAAGUUUUAGUCUCUAGCACGCAAAUCUUUGCACUAGGGUUCUUCAGCCCCGGAAAUUCUCAGCACCGCUACGUUGGAGUCUGGUAUAACAAAGUUCCAGAGAAAACCAUUGUCUGGGUUGCGAACAGAGAUAACCCAGUGAAUGAUUCCUAUGGAGUGCUAUCGAUCAAUGGUGAUGGAGGCCUUGUCAUACAUGGAAAGGACCGAAGUACCACUCUUUGGUCCGCAAACGUUACUCUAUCUUCACCAAACAAUUUCACAGCCAAGCUUUUGGAUACAGGAAAUCUUGUUUUACUUGAGAAUAGCCAAAGAGUUCUGUGGGAAGGCUUUGAUUACCCCUCAGAUACACUGCUUUCCUCUAUGAAGAUUGGGCUGAACUGGCGGUCCGGUUUGGAGUGGCACCUAACAUCUUGGAAGUCAAAAGAUGAUCCGGGAACCGGGAGUUGUACAUAUGGGAUAGACCCGAUGGGGUUUGCGCAGUUGUUUUUGUACAAGGGUAGAGGGGCAUCGUGGCGGGGCGGCCCUUGGAUCGGGGACAGAUGGAGCGGUCUACCAGUAAUAACCGCUACCGUUGGAGCCUACAAUGUGAGUUUUGUCAAUAAUGAAGAUGAGCUAUCCUUCGUGUAUGCUAUUGCCAGGGACUCAGUGAUCACAAGGGGGGUGAUAGAUGAAUCAGGAAUAUAUCAACUGCUCGUGUGGAAUGAUCAGGAAAAUCAAUGGACCAAAUUCGUCUCCUACCCGAGUGAGUGGUGUGAUCAAUAUGGACAGUGUGGUCCAAAUACUAACUGUGACUCAGACAAGGACUAUAUGUUGGCUUGCACGUGCCUACCUGGGUUCGAAUCCAAAUCACCUCCUUUGAGAGUUGGCGGGGGUGGGUGCAUUAGGAAAGCUGGAGCGUCGACGUGUCAAAAUGGAGAAGGGUUCGUGAAGGUGGCGCAUGUAAAAAUACCGGACUCGUCUACGGCACGUGUGAACAUGAGUAUGAGUUUGAAAGGGUGCAAACAAAAGUGCUUGAUGGAUUGUUCUUGCACAGCUUACACGAAUGCGGAUGAGCGGGGAGGUGGGAUCGGGUGUGUGACAUGGCACGGGGACUUGAUGGACACGAGGACUUUCUCCAAUGCUGGUCAAAAUUUAUAUGUUCGAGUUGACACAACUUCUUUAGCUCAAUAUGCAAAGUCAGGUGGUUCUCUUAGCAAGAAGGCAAGGCUGGCAAUUUCACUGGGAUCUGUUACAGUUUUUCUUCUCUUACUUACCCUUUAUUGGUUGAUAAGCAUGAAGAUGAAAGGUAAGCGUAGGCAAAAUAAAUAUCCACUUAAACUUACUGCCGGGUCAACCUACUUCGAAGAAGCUACUGGUAGAUUAGCUCUUCAUGAUAGUAGAAUAAACUCGGAGUUAUUAUUCUUUCAUCUAAAAACCAUAGCAACCGCCACAAAGAAUUUCUCCAUUGAAAACAAGCUUGGAGAAGGAGGUUUUGGCUGCGUUUAUAAGGGCAUACUUUAUGAUGGAAAGGAAAUAGCCAUAAAAAGACUAUCCAAGUUUUCUAGCCAAGGAGUUGAAGAGUUUAAGAAUGAAGUUCUUCUGAUUGCAAAACUCCAACAUAGAAACCUUGUCAAGAUUUUAGGUUGUUGUCUUGAAGAUGAAGAGAAGAUUCUAAUCUAUGAAUACUUGCCAAACAAAAGUUUGGACACUUUCAUCUUUAAUGAAACAAGAAGAGUACUUUUAAGUUGGACAAGACGCCUCGUGAUAAUCUUUGGGAUUGCUAGAGGGUUAUUAUAUCUUCAUGAAGAUUCGAGACUGAGAAUUAUCCAUAGAGAUCUAAAGGCCAGCAAUGUUCUAUUGGAUAAUUCUUUGAACCCAAAGAUUGCAGAUUUUGGUAUGGCUAGAAUGUUUAGAGAGGAGCAAACUGAAGCAAAUACCAAUCGUGUGGUUGGAACAUAUGGUUAUAUGUCACCAGAAUAUGCAAUGGAAGGAUUGUUUUCAAUCAAGUCUGAUGUGUAUAGUUUUGGUGUCUUAUUACUAGAAAUCGUUACUGGCAAAAAGAAUGCUGGUUCCCAUGAGGGGUAUCCUUAUUCAAAUUUGAUCGGACAUAUUUGGGAGUUGUGGAAAGAAGGCAGAGUCGUGGAAAUCAUCGAUUCAUCUUUAGGUGAAUCUUACCUUGUUAGUGAAAUUAUAAGGUGCAUUCAAAUCGCACUCUUGUGUGUGCAAGAAUUUGCGACUGACCGGCCAACCAUGUCCAGAGUUGUUUCCAUGUUAGGUAAUGAUUCAGCUCUUCCUUCACCAACACAACCCGCAUUUUUACUAAAGAGAAUGAGUCCUAGUGGAAACUCAUCCAGCAACAAAGGAGCUAAUUCAGUAAAUGAUGUCACAUGUACAAUUGUAGAAGCUCGCUAA